AUGGCAGCAACAACAGGUGCACGGUUUGACGGCAGCGAGCUGAACAGGCGUGCGGCAGUAGACGAGUACACCGCGGCCGACCCGGCCACAGAGGCCCGGGUGGCCAUGUACGAGCGCGACCGGGCCAAGCGCGAGUCUGCACGGGCCUCGGUGGAGACUCUGGCCUGGAUUGUGGCCGCCAUGGCGGUCCUCUACUACUUUGACGUCGUCAACACCCUGCGCACAGACCCACGUGUCCUGUGGAACUGGCUGAUGCUGGGCGUGGUUGCGUUCUCUGUCUUUGGGGCCAUCGGGGCGUACUUUGGAAUCUAUCUGGCGUACGUAGUGAAGAAGACCGAUGACAUGGCUGAGAGCUCGGCCAUUCCUGUGGCGGUUGUCUUUCUGCUCAUCGGUGCCACGGCCAUGACCAUUGCCGUCUGGCCGGUCUGGGGCUUUGUCACGCCUGUCAUCGGCUUUGUCGAGUUCAUGGGCUUUGUCAUGAUCACUUCGUUCCUCCCGUAGUUGCAGCUGUACAUACUGCAUCGGCAGCUAUUUGUAGCAUGUCUCUGCUCCCUACCGUUGGCGUGCCGGCCAUUGGCGUGCUGCCCAUUGAGUUGCCGCCCAUCGACGUGCCGAUCAUCGACUCGCUUGGCCAUCAUCGACUCGCCGGUCGCCAGCUCGUAGCCAGCUCGCGGCGAGAUGAUGACCGCGUCAGCCACUAAACGUACCGCACAUGGCCC